UUUAGUUAGUAAUCGAAUCACAACAGAAUCAUCUACUGAACAAGGUGUCCUUGUCAAUACAAAUGGAGCAAUUCCUAGAUUGGACUAUAGAAAUGGUUUCCGAAUAGAACCAGCCUCUCCACGAUUAACGGGUCAGUCCAUUCCUGGAGGAAGAAGAAUACUCACCAUAGAUGGUAUUAUUGAUACAGUUGAUGAUGAUAUCAGCGAUCCUCCGACAUUGACGCAACAACCAACCCAAAGAACCAUUAGCAGAGUUCAGCUUCCACAAAGCGGUCGCAUAUUGAGGAGGGUAGCCAUUAUGCGCCCAAGAGGAUACAGCGAAAGUACUUCUCCGAACCGAACUGUUCGAUAUUCUGCAGUCAAUGGACGUCAAAUGAUUCCAAACCAUAGAUUACCCCCUACUACUACUACAUUUGGUUCAUUGGCACAUUUUCGAGCACACGCACAAGGACAAGGUAUUCGCACCAUUCGAAUAGUAAGACCAGGUGAAUCUUUAUAUUCCCGAAUAAAACUCCAAAGUAGGGCACAGGGUGCAUCAUUGACCAAUGGCAGAAUAACAAACGGUGCUCAGUUUAGAAACAGCACCGUCUUAGAUAUACAGCGGACCUUAGAAUCCCAAGGAAUCACCGACCAGUCGGUUGCCAGAUUUGUACAGAAGCACAUGGAACAGAAUCAUUUAAAAAGGAAAUUGGUUACCCACGAUCACGAUUACAAUUCGACAAAGAAACAGAAAAAGGAGAUUAUGGAAGAGGUGGAGAACGAGAUGGAAUUAGGGGUGGCUGAAACUUACUCAACGUACAUGCCAGCGAAAUUGGGAAUCGGAGAGAAACAUCCAGACCCUGUGGUGGAAACUGCUUCGUUAUCGUCUGUAGCUCCAGUGGACGUAUGGUACGAACUGUCCAUACCCCAUAGAAUAAUCGAAAACGGCACCCUUUCCGCCCUGCAAUUGGAGAGUAUAACGUAUGCAGCUCAAGCGCAUGAACAAAUUUUACCAGACAAGACUAGAGCCGGAUAUUUGAUAGGUGAUGGGGCAGGAGUGGGGAAAGGUCGCACGAUAGCUGGACUGAUUCUUGAGAAUUUCAGCAAAGGUAGACGUAGAGCAGUGUGGGUGUCUAUAUCGAACGAUUUGAAGUUCGACGCAGAGAGGGACCUCCAAGAUGUGGGGGCCGGUUACAUACAGGUGCACCGACUGAACAAAAUGAAAUAUUCGCACAAGAUAUCCUCAGAGUCCAACGGUAGAAACAGGGAAGGGGUGCUGUUCUGCACAUACUCGUCUCUGAUCGGAGAGAGCAACGCCGCUGAAGGAAAAUACACGAAUAGGAAAUCCCAGAUCGUCCAGUGGUGCGGAAAAAACUUCGAAGGACUACUGAUCUUCGACGAGUGUCACAAGGCCAAGAAUCUGUGUCCUAGCGGAUCGAUGAAAUCGACUAAGACAGGUCAGAUGGUGCUGGAGCUACAGGCGUCCCUGCCGAACGCUAGAGUUUUGUAUGCCUCUGCCACCGGAGCUUCGGAACCUAGAAAUAUGGCCUACAUGACCCGGUUGGGUCUGUGGGGUAAGGGGACAACCUUCCAAACGUUCGAGGACUUUGCCACCGCUGUGGAGGAGAAGGGUGUUGGUGGCAUGGAAAUAGUGGCCAUGGACAUGAAGCUCAGAGGCAUGUACAUAGCGAGGCAGCUGAGUUUCCAAGACGUAAAAUUCACGAUAGUCGAAGUGCAGAUGAGCAAGGAGUUCAUCAAGGUGUACGACGAGAGCGUGGACCUAUGGGUGGACGCGAUGUUCAAGUUCCUCAAGGCGGCCGAUCUUGUCGACGGCAACGGCAACAUGAGAAAAACGAUGAACGGCCAGUAUUGGUCGACGCAUCAGCGAUUCUUCAAGUAUCUGUGCAUAGCCGCCAAGGUGGAGGAGGCGAUCAGACUGGCCCAUGAUGCCAUGAAAAAUAACCGUUGCGUUGUCAUCGGUCUGCAGAGCACUGGGGAGGCUGGGACGCUGGACCAGCUGGAAAAAGGGGAUGGUACUCUGACGGAUUUUGUAUCGACGUGCAAAGGUGUUUUUCAAAAUUUGGUGGAAAAGCAUUUUCCCUCGUCGAAUCAGGACAAUGUGAACAAAAUACUGUCUAAUUUAUCGGUGGCUCAAAAGAAUAUACAGGAAGAGAAGGAAAUGAUGAAGAGAAAACAGCGUGAACUUCUGCAAAUGGAUUCCGACUUGGAACUCUCCGAUGACGACUCUGAUCAUGAGCCGAAAGAACAAGAACGAAAGAUGACAAAGGCCGAAAUAGAGGCUCAAAAGGAAUCAGAGGUGUUAGAAAAUAUAUUCAAAAAGAAACAUGGGGCGCAUGUUUUCGAGGAGAAAUACGAAGACCGCAAAUUGAAAAAAAAGGAAACGGAGAAAGAAAAAGAGAACAAGCCAAAAAAACCCACCAUCGAAGAUAUCGAAAAGGCGAAUGAAAUGAAAAGAGAGCUUCUGAGCCGUAUCGAAAAACUGGGAGAAAAAUUGCCUAAGAAUACGCUUGAUGAUCUGAUAGACAAUCUGGGGGGUGCUGAACAGGUGGCCGAAAUGACAGGAAGGAAAGGUCGAGUGGUUCAGACGGAGAACGGCAUACAGUACGUGAGCAGGUCGGAGCAGGACGUUCCCCUGGAAACUUUGAACGUGAAGGAGAAAGAGAGGUUCAUGGACGGCCGGAAAUUGGUGGCCAUCAUCUCGGAGGCGGCUUCGAGCGGUAUCUCGCUGCAGAGCGACAAGAGGGCCUUGAACAAGAGGAAGAGGUACCACAUCACCCUCGAGCUGCCAUGGUCGGCCGAUAAGGCAGUGCAGCAGUUCGGCAGGACGCACAGGAGCAACCAGGUCAGCGCGCCGGAGUACGUCUUCCUCAUAACGAAUCUGGCCGGUGAAAGGAGAUUCGCGUCCACCGUAGCCAAGAGAUUGGAAAGCCUGGGGGCCCUGACGCACGGAGACCGUCGCGCAGCUGACAACAGAGACCUGAGUCAGUUUAAUAUCGACAACAAAUACGGCAAAAACGCGCUCGAGACAGUGAUGAAAUCGAUUUUGUCGAGGGAAUCACCGUUCAUUGGACCACCGAGGGAUUACAAGGGUGACUUCUUCCAGGACUGUACCGACGCAUUGAUCGGAGUGGGUCUGAUAAUUCGAGACCCCUCGAGGGGGACCCUGACCCUGGACAAGGAUUACUCUAACAUAUCCAAGUUCCUCAACAGGAUAUUAGGGAUACGCGUUGAACUCCAGAAUAGGCUCUUCAAAUAUUUCACUGAUACCAUGAAUGCCAUGAUUGCCAUAGCCAAACGUAAUGGAACCUUCGAUUUAGGUAUCUUAGAUCUAGGGGCCAACAGUAGGGACGUUAUCAAGAGGGUGCGGACAAUAACUUUCCUCUAUAAACAUCCCACCGGUGUCGCUCCGAUAGAGCUCCACAAGCUGGUGGUCGAGAGGGGGUUGUCGUGGAAGGACGCCCUGCAGAAAUUCGAGGAGGAGGCGUCGGAGCAGCACGAGGGAUUUUACGCUUCUCGUCAUGGCAACCGCGGAAGACAUCUGGUAAUCCUGUUGAUAAAAGUUGAAAGGCCGACUGGAAGACGCGGUACUUAUGAAACGGAUGAUAAGUUGGCGUUGUACAGGCCUAAUACGGGGAAACAGAACCAGCUCGUCACCCUGGCAGAAAUCGAACACAAAUAUUACAAGACUGAUGCAAAAGAAGUGCAAAAUUUGUGGGAGGAGCAGUAUAACUGCACCAUCUGUUCUCACUUGUACAUGAAUGGAGACUGUCGUUCUGGAUCGAACUGUGAGAACGGCCUGAGACGAAGAACCUAUCAUGUGCUUGCUGGUGCUGUGCUUCCUAUUUGGCUCAAAAUAGAGAAGGCGAUCGCUGACAAAUCCAAUGAAGAGGACAACGAGAAGGAGAAUAAAAAAGAAAAUAGGAAAGAGAAGAACAAAAUGCAGGUUAUUCGAGUAAAAACUGUUGACAACAUGAAAAUAGUUGGCACCCUCAUAAAGAACCACUUGGUUGACGGAUUAGUUAAAGUUUUGACGGAAGAAGCUGAAAGUGUUAAAGAUGAAGAUUUUCCUGAGGAGUAAAACGUGAAUGCACCAAAUGAUGACUCUGUAAAUAUUAGAAUAUUUUUGUGAUGAGAAAUCAAAAUUAGAUAACUUAUGUUUAGUUUAAUUGAAUCUCGGUCCAAAUGAAUUGGCCGAGAUUCCUGUGAUAUUUUAAAAAAGUAUUAAGUACCACAAAACGUUAAUUGUUAUUUGUGUAAUCAAGUCUUCUAAACUGUGAAUGACUAAUUCUGUACGUUUUAAGACAGAAUUUAAAUUGUGAUUUGUACUUUAAGUGUAAUGCUUUAUAUUUAUAUCACCUAAAUCUGUUGGAUUUCUCUAUUUAUUAUGUGAUUGUAUCAUUUCUUCCGUUCAAGGAUUAAUGAAAAUAUAUUUACUUGAAAAAUUA